GGUAAUCAACGUGACAACAUGGAUUUGGAAAGGUCGCUCGUGGUCACCAAUGCCACGAAACGCGUCAACGAUCCUUUAAAAAUUGUGAUCACAGACGGUACGACGGACAUCGCACGGUCGUUCGCCUACAAAGUACUGUACGGUCACGUGUUCGGCAAAGAUCGACCUAUCGUCAUGAGUUUCUACGAACUACCGGACAAGGCCACGUUCCUCGAAAGCGUCAUGAUAGAGCUCACUUCCUUCGCCCCCAAUCUCCUGCACGAUAUAAGUUACGGUCACGAGGCGGCCGUCGAAUUCAACAACGCAGACGUCGUGGUCUGCAUCGGUUUUGCGAGGGAGUACGACUUUAAACCGGACGAAUACGACGACCCGUUCUUCCAGGAGCACAUAAGGAUCUCCAAAUUCUAUGGAGAAGCGAUAGAGAGAUACGUGAAGAGAGACGCUAGGAUCAUCGUGCUCGGGAACACCGCGGCGACGAUCAUAUCCCGAUACGCGACUUCCAUACCUAAACGGAACAUAACUACCCCGUCCUUGAUCAAUUCAAACAUCGCCACUUCUCAGAUCGCUGCCCGAAUGCAGUGUCUGCCGACCGACGUGAAGGGCGUGAUAAUAUGGGGUUCGAACGGGUCCUGCAGCUUCCCGGAUUGCAGAUACAUGUACCUCGCUACCGGGAAACCUGUUACCGACAGUUUAAGAGUUUGGAUCAGGAACAAUCUCGCAAAGGUGAUCCGAAACGUUUCCAGCAGACCUGCCCACAUUCGAUCGAUAGCUUACGCGCUCGCGGAACACUGUCGGACGUUGUGGCACGGCACUCUGGAGAACGAAUGGACGAACAUGGGCGUUUUCUCCGAUCACUCUUACUCGGUUCGCUCCGGGAUAUUUUUCUCGUUUCCCGUGCACUGCAGGAACAAACAGUGCGAGAUCGUGCAAGAUCUCGACUGUGAUCGUUACAUAAAGAAGUACAUUUGGGACUUGAGCAGGCUGAUCAACCGGGAGAUACAGUAUGGCUUCGACAUAUGCGGUAUACCGUGUAGUUACUGACGACUGAGCAAGCAA